AUGGUUCUUGGUGAAAAAUCCAGCAUCACAACAAAGUAUCGACCAUUUGGGAUAGGUUUUCCACUUACAUACGUCUCAAUCAUCUUUCGUCUCUCAGCUGCAAAUACACUGGACCAAUGGUUGGACACCCAAGUGACCGACCUAGCCAUCAAACAUGCCAUCCUCCUCCUUAUUCAAGGUGUCCGUGAUCCGUCCCUUCCUUCCCUACGGGAUGUCCCCGGCCGCCUCUGUAGGGCCUUUUGCUCUCAACAAUGCAUUGGCUACCAAGGACUCUUGGAAGGACUGCUGUCUUGUCAAUGGGCCCCCUUGCAGGAAGAAUACCUGCAGUUGCGUGGGAGGCAGCUCUCCCACUCUGUGGGUUUCUUGUCUCUCGCACCAGCUGAUCUUGAUGGGGUUCCGGAUGUGAGAACAUCGGAACCUGAUGCAACAUUUGGAGGAUAA